UGGCUUAUCUUAAAUCGCAUGUGUUGCAUGAUCAAUAUAGAAAACUGGAGUUCUAUUUUGAAAAAGAGUGAGUUUGCACACUAGGUGUUUGAUGAAAUGCCAAGCCGGGAUAUAUGUCAUUAUCUUUAAUGAAAGUGAUCAUGGGAUGGGGUAUAAGAUUUAAGUAGCUGUAAUCUUCUGUUGCAAGGUCAAAAUGAGUUUCAAAUGGGCAUAACAGAAUAUCCUCAAAUACCAUGAUAAUAAGCUCAAAAGGGUAUAUAUUCCCAAGCUAAAUAGAGUGAACCACAAGCAAGCAAGAAAAAGAAGGGUGGAGAGCAACUCCAGUUAUAUCCAGAAAGUUGAUUAAAGUUUAAAUUAUAGCUUCAAGGUGCCAUGGGAGGAGCUGCUUGUGAAACUGCUGAAUUCUCCACUCAGAACUUCAAGACUCUUAUGGAACAAGAAGGAACUCAUUAUCUUUUAUGUGGUGAACAGAAGGUACCAUUACCAUCAGGUAUAGAGAAGACAAUUUGCUUAUUGUUCUCUGCAAGCUGGAGUAGGCCUUGUAACGCUUUUAUACCACAACUCGUGCAAGCCUACAACACGCUAAAAGAAACUGGACAAGAACUAGAAGUUAUUUUCGUAUCAUUUGACCGCGACGAAAAUGGAUAUAAAGAGCACAUAAAGGGCAUGCCAUGGCUUGUGGUUCCAUUUGAUGUCAAUUCACAGAAAAUUAUCGGUAACGUGUACAAAGUUAAUCAAAUUCCGUCGUUUAUGCCAUUGGAUGUCGGCACAAAACUGCUUGCAAAAGAUGCAGUUGGACUGAUAAAAGAUUACGGAGCCGAUGCGUAUCCUUUCACCAAGAAAAGGCAAGAAGAGUUAAAGGCGUUGGAUGAAGCGAAACGUGAAGGAGGGAAUUUAAAUGAACUAUUUGCAAAUGGGAUUGAUGAUUCAUUUGUCUAUGGUAAAGGUGGAAAGUUAUGUGCAUCCGAUCUUGUUGGCAAGACGAUCGGCCUAUACUUUGGUGCACAUUGGUGCCCACCGUGUCGUGACUUCACAUCCCAACUCAUCGAAGCAUACAACGACAUCACCACCAAUAAAGAUCAACAAUUUGAAGUCAUAUUCAUCUCAACCGAUAGAGAUUUCAAAGAAUUCGAACUCAGCAUAAGCAAAAUGCCAUGGCCAGCUAUCCCUUUCAACAGCAAAACAAGGCAAGAUCUCUGCAGAAUAUUUGAAGUUAAAUGGAUCCCGAGUUUGAUAUUUCUAGGACCGAAUGGGAAAACAGUUAGCACAAACGGGCGAGAAAUGGUUUCAUCGUAUGGUGCUCGAGGAUUCCCGUUCACCGAAGCAAAGAUUUUAGAGAUAGAAACGUCGUUAAUGAAGGAAAAAGAUGGAUUACCUCAACAAGUAAAAGACGGUAAGCAUGAACAUGUUCUUACACUCGACAUGGCAAAAGCAUACAUCUGUGAUUUCUGCAAGAAACGUGGGUCGUUUUGGGCGUUUUCUUGUAAUGUUUGUGGCUAUGAUCUUCAUCCAUCAUGCAUAGAAGAAAGCCUAUAGAAACUUUUUAUGUAUGCAUGUAAUUAUUAUAUCAAAAACAACUUGAUUCUACAAAACAUGUUAUAUAUUCGAAUGCAUACAAUAAUCUCCUAUCUCUAA